CAACUCUUCUAGUAGGUGGGGGUGAUCGCCUCUUAUCUUACACACAAUACCAAAAAAUCAAACACUCGAAACUUCUCAUAAGAGCUAUGAGAGCUUCUCUCAUAAGAACCGGAUCCGUGCCGGUCCUGAAUCCGGUACGGAACUGUUCGCCUCGCCUCGCUCUCCCGCGCCAAGCGUCCUUCUCCGGUGACAACAGCCGUGUUCAGUCGCCGAGCCUCUCGAUACAUUUAGACUCCGACGGCCGUAGAGACCUUCCGCCAAACGGAAUCCGCCGAGUGAUGUCGGAGUCAUCGAUUCGGUCCGCGAGCGAAGGAUUCGGCGCUAUCCAGGAUCUGAAACGAAGAGGAACGCACCCUUUCCCGGUGAUCGUGCGAGAGGACGAAGAUGAAGAAUUCGGUGGCGGAUCCGGCUACGGCGGCGGCGAUAGAAGAAUCUCGACCGUGACCGGAGGAAACGGCGGCGAUAGGAUGAAGAUUGGCGCAUACUACGAGGAAAUGCUGAAGUCAAACCCUACGGACGCUCUUUUGCUUAGAAACUACGGGAAAUUCCUGCACGAGGUUGAGAAAGACACGGCGAAAGCGGAGGAAUAUUACGGAAGAGCGAUCCUCGCUAAUCCCGGCGACGGCGAACUUCUUUCUCUGUACGGAACGCUGAUUUGGGAGACGCAGCGAGAUGAAGAGAGAGCCAAAUCUUACUUUGACCAGGCCGUUUACGCUGCUCCUGAUGAUUGCACGGUGCUGGGAUCCUACGCCCACUUCAUGUGGGAAGCAGAGGAAGAAGAGGAGGAGGAGGAGGAGGAGGAAGUUAAUGGCUGUGUUUUAAAGUGAUUUUUGGUAUUUAGAGGUUGUAGAGAGUGCUAUAUUUUCUAUAAAUGGCAUUUGAAUCUGAAAGUUACAAAUAAGGAUCGUUGUUGUUUGAUAUGUCUAACCGGAAAUAGCUCCAAGUUAUAGAAUAUCAGAGACUGAAAAGUAAAUGGCUGCCUCUGUCCCUUCACCCUUCUCCUCCGAUCUCGCCACUUCCGGAGACUGUAACAUUCUAAUAUAACUUUGUAGAUCCCGCUUAAAUUAUGUAUGAUAGAUAUUAUUGGGAUAGACAUCGACUUGUAAAAUUUUGUUAAUGCAAUUAAUAAUAGUGCUAAUCGUUUUUACCCAGCA